CCUGUAUCUUCGCGGUAUCUCCAACCAGCCUGUAGGUUUUCUGUUUCCUACCAGCUGCGGUUGAACUGAUUCUCCUGAUGAUCUGCUCUCAUUCUGAGGCUCGUUCGGACCUGCAACAAAGCCAAUCAGAAUCAGCCACCGGCCACCUGCAGGAAGUUGGCCGUCCAUUUAUCUCCUCCUCCUACGCCUGCAGUCAGAUAACAGCCGCUACAGUUGGAUCCAACACCAUCCCGUCACCGCUGCCACCUGAUGGACACUGAAGCUCUGUAACGGCGUCCUCCACGUCCCACAGACCCCCUCUGUCCACGGUGACGGUGAGCUCUCGAGCUGGAUGUAACGCUGAAGGUUUAAAGACGUUCUUGUGAGACAACAGAGAUAAAGAGGAAGGCUGUGAGGCUGCAGGAGAGACGGAAGGGACGCAGCUCUGUUCGGUUCGAGCGCGCGGCAGCGGCACCAGCACCAUGAGCGUCCCGCUUUACGCCCCGACACCCGUCCAGGCGGCUCACCCGACACCUUUCUACAUCGAGGACAUUCUGGGGAGGAAUACCACUUCCACCAUCUCCUCCUCCUCUUCUUCCAUCUCUUCAUCCUCCACUCCGGUCCUCCCCAUACCGACUCUCCCGUCUCCCAACUCCUCCUUUACGAGUCUGAUUACUCAGUACCGGACUCCGAUUUACGAACCCACACCGAUCCACCCGGCUCUGUCCCACGCUGCUCUGACAGCCACGUACGCCUCCGGUGGGGCUUUCCCCGGCUCCAUCUACCCGUUCCCCCACCAGCACCACCGCUCCAUGGGGGAGUACGCGCAGGCGCUGCUGAGGCCCGACUCUCUGGGGAAGCCCCUGCUGUGGACCCCCUUCAUCCAGCGACCGCUCCACAAGAGGAAAGGUGGGCAGGUCCGGUUCUCCAACGACCAGACGGUCGAGCUGGAGAAGAAGUUUGAAACGCAGAAGUACCUGUCCCCCCCGGAGAGGAAGCGCCUGGCCAAGAUGCUGCAGCUCAGCGAGAGACAGGUGAAAACCUGGUUUCAGAAUCGACGAGCGAAGUGGAGAAGACUGAAGCAGGAGAACCUCUCAGGGAGGAAAGAGGGAGGCGGAGGACGGCAGUGCUGCUGGAAGGAGUACUAAAGGAGACAAGAUGAUGGAGCAGGCCGGGAUCCAGGAACCUGGACCAGAGGCAGACGGGUCCCUCCUCCCAAGUGGGCCAUGGCGUGCACCCGAUGUUCCCACACAGACCUGGACUCGGAUGUUGUCUGAUGAUUCAGACCAGGAGCUGUGGCCAUAGAAGAUGACCAUGACUUCACACUAACACACUGAAUCUGAAACACAGAGGACCCGUCCAGGUUUACCCCCAGACCAGUUCCUCAUCGUCUCUCCAGUGUCUGCUGCCUGGACCUGCUUUCUUUGCCUCCGGUAGGUUAAAAAAUGUCAGACUGAAGCUCAGGAAAUCUGACAGACGACACGGAUCGCCACAUUCGGUUUUUCUUGUCCUAGGUAAAGGACCGCCCUUCAAACCCUGUUUACACACAGGUGAGUAAAACUCACUCCAACAACUCCGACAUUCCUCCCCGGUGUCUCCUCCUCUGAACUUUCUAUAGAAUUAAUAAAAUGCUGUGUUUGAGCUGAUUUGACUGUAAAUAGAUGGUUUUCUUCUAGACUGAAGUCCUUGUAACAGUAGCAGGAAUGGUGUUCAUACCCUUCACGUCUUGAAAAUGUGUUUUUCAGUUUACUCAUGAGUAUCAGCUGUGUUGUGUUCAUGUCUGAUGAACUAUUUUAUGAUAAUAAAAAAUAAAUCUGACAUCUUCGGAUGAAGCUAAAAUAUAA